GCCUACUACCGCGCCGCCGCCCGCGCCGGCCGCCUCCGCCUCAACGAGGAGCCCGUGCGCGACCUGGACAUCGUGCUCAAGAAUAAUGAUUUUCUCAGGAAUACGGUGCAUCGCCACGAGCCGCCGGUCACUGCCCAGCCUAUCCAGAUCUUGGUGGAGAAUGACGAGGUGGUGGUGGUGGACAAACCCUCCUCUUUGCCAGUCCAUCCCUGCGGCAGGUUUCGUCACAACACGGUCAUCUUCAUCCUGGGCAAAGAGCAUGACCUGAAGGAGUUGCAUACCAUUCACCGACUGGAUCGCAUGACCUCGGGAGUACUCAUGUUUGCCAAGACCGCAGAGGUAUCCAAGAGGCUCGACGAGCAGGUUCGGGAGAGGCAGCUGGAGAAGGAGUAUGUCUGUCGUGUGGUGGGGGAGUUUCCAGAACACGAAGUGGUCUGCGAAGAGCCCAUCCUGGUUGUUUCUUACAAAGUGGGAGUGUGCCGCGUGGACCCCAAAGGGAAAUGCUGCAAAACCAUCUUCCAGAGACUCAGUUACAACGGCAAGACCAGCGUCGUCAAGUGUCUUCCGCGUACGGGCCGCACGCACCAGAUCCGGGUCCAUUUGCAGUAUUUGGGGCAUCCCAUCGUCAACGACCCCAUCUAUAACAUGGAAGCCUGGGGCCCUGAGCGGGGCAGGGGUGGCAAGAUCGAUAAAACGGAUGAAGAACUCCUCAAGGCGCUAGUAGAAGAGCAUCGUUCCAAACAAAGCCUGGAUAUCUUGGGUAUUUCGGAGGAGGACUUGAACUCCAAUGCUGAAAAUAAAGACUCUGGUAAUUCAAGUGACUGCCCAGAGUCUGCACGGGCUGACCCUGUCCGUGAGGACUGCCCUGCCAAGGACACUAAGGAGCCUGAGCCAGACACUAAGGAUCUCUUGAGAAAUGACAUAGCAGCUUGUCCACUGAACUCAGAUACCAACCUGGAAACGCUUGAAAAAAAUAAAGACCUCAGUUUGUGUGAGAAUCGGGAUGGGCAAACGGGAGAAAAGAGUUCAGGAGAGAAGGACCCUUUGUGCGUGGAGUGUAAAAUCAGCCGGCGGGACCCGUCUCCCAAGGAGCUGGUGAUGUACCUCCAUGCCUUGCGCUACAAGGGAGCCGAGUUUGAGUAUUGCUCCAAGAUGCCCGAGUGGGCACUGGAGGACUGGGAGGAAUGA